GUUUACAAAGAACAUUCGUACGUGUCGGUAGCGAAUUCGGUGUUGUUCCGCGACCGCGUUUUUAUUUUCGUUCCGGAUAUUGAGGACUUUGGAGGUGGGAAUCCGGGAUCGGUCCGGUCGGGAAGACUGUUUUUGGGAUUUUUUUAAAGAAAAGCGGUUCGGGAUUUUCAGGGUGAAGCGUGCUGGAGUGAGAGAAGAAGUUUCAUUCAACUUGUUCCCAGCGCGUCGUCGUCGUUCCGCAAAAUAUUUUGUGCAGUUCGGCCGAAGCAGGAGUUCAUCAUCGUCAGCAUCAGUGCCAACAACUUGAACCUCAACCAACCGCGUUGGGCGCCGCCGGAUAGAAGCAGUUUUACACACAAACGAAACAACUAACCGAAGAGCUUGAUUAAAUAAUAAGCAAAGUUUUUUUUUCGUCUUUCGUCGGAGUGUCGUUUGUGUGUGGUGUUUUUUGUUAGAGUGAAGUAAUAUACCUGUCCUACCACUACUGCUACAACCGAGGGGGGAGUUAUCGCAAUUGUUGCUGCAAGUGAGGAAGAAUCGUGUGAACUGUGAUUGUGUGAGUGUGUCACGGUGAAAAAAAAGUUGCAACAGAAAAAAGAGCAUCUCCGUUGAGGAGGAAUUACGACAACAAAUAGUCGGAGCAGGCAGCAUCCACAACACAACUUAGAGAUCAGACCGACUGUGUGAGAUUGCAUUGGAAACGAUUAUACCACAGGACUUGCAGCAGCCAUUGAGAUUCCACCCCCGUAGUUAAGGUCCGACCUUCCCCUCGCGAUGAAGGGUUGGUUCGACGCGUUCCGAGACGAUGGAGCCCCCACUCUGUACUCGUUCUCGAACCGAACCCCGGUCACCGGCGAUGUCUCGAUUGUGGCCGUCUGCGUCAUGUUCGCCACUAUCUAUCUGGCAUUUCUGGUCAUCUUCCCCGGCGUCCGAAAGCAGAAAUUUACAACAUUCACAACGGUUACGCUCAGCUUAUUCGUAGGACUUGUAAUUCUUGUGGCCCGUCUCGGUUCGGCAUGGCACGUGGCGCAAUCGACCAUCGUGGCGCCGUACAAGGCGUUUUCGCGGGAAAAGCUCCCGGCCCGGCUUGGCGCCCACAUCGGCCUGAUGCACAUCAACAUCACCCUGGUGGCCCUUCCCGUGGGCAACUGGUCCGCGCCGGACAUUGACUUUAACGAGCAGUUCAGCUGGAACCAGGCCAACGACAUGGGCAACUCGUACCGGAACGCCCUCCAACGGGGACUGCCCUACCCGAUUCUGACCGUCGCCGAGUACUUCAGCUUGGGCCAGGAAGGAUUCGCGUGGGGUGGCCAGUACCGAGCCGCCGGAUAUUACGCCAGCAUACUGCUAUGGGCCGCAUUUGCCUCGUGGCUGCUGAUGAACCUGCUUCUGGUGGCGGUUCCCCGCUACGGUGCCUACACGAUGACUCUGACCGGUGCCCUGUUGAUCGGGGCCAGCAUCGGGUACAGCAUGAUGCUGCCGAAGCGGCCCCUCACCAUCUUCAUCGAGGGAGGACGCAUCAGCUUCCGACUGAGCUGGUGCUUCUGGCUUGUGCUGGUCGCAGGUAUCCUGUGCUUGUCGGUUGGACUUGUAAUAUCCAUCAUCGACUUGGUGUGGCCCCACCGCUUUUCAACGAUUCUAGAGGUCUAUUAUGAUACUCCCUACGACAGACACGUGAUAUUGGAAGAAUCUCACGAUGUCCGGUACCGCAAACGGAACAGCAAAGGACUUGAAGAUCCCCCGGGACUGGGAUCGCGAAUCUUGCGCCGUUUAUCGUCAAAAACACGUGACCAGUCAAACGACAAGAUGGGCAUCGAGAAUCGAGGCUUCCAGCACGACGUUCCUAAGUCUCCGUGGCGCUACCCGUUCCGACGCUCCCAGCAGACGCCCCCGCGCGGAAUUCAGCGCACAAUCUCGCAGGACUCCAACUCGAGUAUCGCGUCCGCCGCAGCGGCCCAUUCCCAGUCCCUUCACAAAGUCGCACUCUCCAGAAUGCUGCCAAAACCCCCGCUGGAGCGUACCCGUGAAAUUUCCAACUGGUAGAGACGGAAGCGCGCCCUCCCACACACACACCUCACACAUUAACCUACUAAAAACAACUCAUUAAGCCGGUUCUAAACCGGAAGCCAAUCCUCAAUCGAAAAAAAGCGACCACCACGUGUGCAACGAUAACGUGAUGAACCUCUUGUGAUAUUAAAUCGUAAAACGCAGAAUUAUCAAACUUCACCGCACCCCCAACAUUACAACGUAAUUUAAUCGAGCAAAGUGAAGAAGACGUCGUGGCCAAGUGACUUACCUUAAUCUUAAGAUAAAAAAAAACAUUUUAGCUAGAGAGUAUAGUAGUCAGUCCAAGGACGCACAUAAGACAAAUUGGCUUCGUAUGGAGCAGAUUUUUUUUUUAACGGAGGAACACAAGUCGUACCCUUACAAAAUGUAGCAUUCUAUGAAGAAUUGAUUAGAGUUUAAGACUGGCCAACACUUAACGAAGGCAUAUAAACUAGCUUAAAACGCAGCAGCAACAGAAAAAAAAUCAUUAGCGGAAGCAUCGUUUUAAGUUAUUUAUUUUGCUGUGAAAUUAUCCUAAAUUUUAUCGAUGUGAGAAUGAUUUCUGAUGCAUUCUUGAAAUUCAGUGGCAUAAAGAAGAAACUUUUCGUGUAUUGUAAAAUUAAGUAUUAUAAAUGUGACAUUAAAAGAAGAUUGUAACUUAGAUGUAAGAAUAAAAGAGGAUCAAUUGGAACACAG